AUGAAUGUAGCCAAGCGAAAGUUUAUUAAAGAUAUGAUGUCGCACUACCGUGCAUCCCAACCACCUGCAGAUCAUCAAGAGAUUUUGAAAGAUUUACAGGAACGUGUAUUAGACAUUGGUAUGCGUUCUGUUAAUAAGGCACAUGUGGAGCUUUUCGGUUCUCACGUGAGUGGAUUCUGCAAGCCUACAUCAGAUGCUGAUCUCUCUCUAACGUAUCGUAAUUUCUCACCAUGGCUGCAAGGAUUAGAACGUGUGGAUGAUCAGAAUAAUAAACGAAUGACACGUUUCUCAAAAGAGGCGGCAGAAAUGGGAAUGGAGGAUGUUCGUUAUAUUCGUGCACGUAUUCCAGUUGUGCAAUUUACCGAUAGUCUUACUGGAUUACACUGUGAUGUGAGUAUUGGUAAUGUAGGAGGUGUGGAAAACUCAAAGAUUCUUGCGGCUAUUCGAGGUAUAUUUCCUGAUUUCUAUCGAGCGUAUAUUCAUCUUGUGAAGGAGUGGGGAAAGGCACGUGAGGUGAUUGCCCCUGAACGUUCAACUUUUAAUAGUUUUACUGUUACCACCAUGGCAUUAAUGGUUCUUCAGGAAUUAGGAUUACUGCCUGUCUUUUCCUCUCCCACAGGGGAAUUUGGUCAACUCACAUUACCAGAUGUAGAGAAACAGUUAGAGAAGUUUACAUUACCUCCUAUAUAUGAUUCUUUACAUGGAGAUGAUGAGAAACUUGGGGAAGCGGUUUAUUUCUGUUUACAACGGUUUGCGGAAUACUACUCCAAGUAUGAUUUCCGAAGUGGAACAGUGAGUCUUAUUCAUCCACGUCGUCAUCGUAGUGUAUAUGAACGUGUAGUUAAACGACAUUUAGAAUUAUUGGGAGCGAGAAAGCGAAUGGAGUGGGAAAAACAUCUUGCCGAACACAGAGAAGAUGGGGCAUUUAAUGAAAAUGACUUUUCUGCGUCUAUGCAGAAUGAAUCCACACAGCGGCCUAUUAACACACCGUAUGUAGUGGAGGAUUUUGUGAAUUAUGUGAAUUGCGGUCGUCGUGUGCAGGCCUCACGGGUACGGCAUGUCCAACAGGAGUUUACACGACUGCGGGAGAUGUUAAUAGAGAAGGAGAGUGAAUUGCGGUUUGAGGAAGUCUUUCGUGAGAGUGAUGUGGUUCCACGAUUUCAUGGAUUUGAAGGUGUGGGAACACGAGACCCACGUGUAAAGACAUUCCGUGCACAAUCAUAA